GUUGUGAUAAACUUAUUAAAUAGACCUACGCGAUGACGAUAUUAAAACAAAAUUGACAAUUGUAAAUUAUUUAUUUAAUGGACCUCGGUUGAGGAUAUGUUGAAAUGUUGGAUGCUGAAAAGUGUAUGCGGAGGCGUGGGAGCCGUUGAAGCAAUAGACAGACAGCACUCCAAUCUGGAAACUAUUCCCGAUCAAGUUUUUCGAUAUGCAAAAACGCUUGAAGAGUUGCAUCUGGAUGCCAAUCAAAUAUCAGUGCUACCAAAAGACCUUUUCAAACUGACAAAACUGCGACAGUUAACACUCAGCGACAAUGAAAUUAAAAAACUCCCUGCCAAUAUUGGAUCUUUGGUAUCAUUGAUUCAGUUCGACAUUAGCAAAAAUGACCUCGAAGAAAUACCAGAAUCAAUCAAAUUUUGCAAAAGUCUACAUUCCGCCGAUUUUAGUAACAAUGCUAUUGGCAAGUUGCCCGAAGGAUUUACCCUCCUGAGUCAUUUAACUCAUUUGUCUAUAAAUGAUAUAUCGCUUUCCGAGCUGCCUUACGAAAUAAAGAACCUUCAAAGUUUGAAACGCUUAGAAAUGAGGGACAAUUUUCUACGAGUUUUGCCUGAGUCUAUCGGAGAACUGCUUUGCCUCGAAGCAUUGGAUGUUGGUGGCAAUGAGCUGGAAUUUUUACCACUCGAACUAGGAUGUGUACAGUGCCUGAAAGAGCUUUACUUGGACAACAAUGAACUGCAAAUGAUACCUUCGACGAUGGGGCGUUUGCGGUUUCUGGAGUAUUUGGACCUGUCAGUGAACCGUCUGAAAGAUGUUCCCAUUGACAUUUGCCAGCUGAGCUCACUUGAAGAUCUCUGUCUCUCUGACAAUAAACUGAGAUCACUGCCUCUCAAAAUCGGCAACCUUCGCAAUCUAAUCUCAUUAAAAGCAGACGUCAAUUUCCUGGUGGAUCUUCCUGACAGCAUCGGCCACUGUGCUAAUCUGCAGCAACUGUUUCUGGCCGUCAAUCUCCUAGCCAGCAUUCCCGCCUCAAUCGGCCUCCUUCUCAACCUCAGGUCUCUUCACAUAGACAAAAACAGACUCACAGAUCUGCCCGGUGAAAUUGUCGGCUGCGAGAACUUGACUGUUUUGUCAGUGCGAAGAAAUUCACUUAGGGUUAUCCCGGACAAUGUGGGAAACUUGACCAACUUGAGGGUUUUGGACCUGACUGGUAAUCAGAUCAGCCACCUGCCUGUGUCUCUGAAUUCGAUCGAGGGACUACGCGCAGUUUGGUUGUCCACAAAUCAGGGUUCGCACUGUCUUCCCAAGUUCAACAUUGAAAACAUCAAGGUCAGCUGUAACGACAGCCCAGAUGUGCUGGAGUCUCUAAGUGGCACCACAAACACGGACUGGGAGGAAGAACAUUCUAGAAGGAACGGAGGUAUCCUAGAUGGUGGCGGGGAUCAUGAGGGAAUGCAGACUGUGCUGACGACGUUCCUCUUGCCACAGAAGCCCGGCGAUGCAGACAGUGACUUUGAACCCGAGAGUGAUGACGAAGAAAAGUGUUGCGGGAGUCGUUGCGAGACACCUGUCAUGUCUGCCGUGUGUAUCAUCCCACCAGGCACUUUCUACUCCUCAGAUACACCCCCUGAGUUGGCGGCAUUGGGGGACAGCACUCGGCUGAUGAGGAGAGAGGAGGAGAAGGAUGUGGAGAAGGAGACAUUGAGAGACAGCCAUAGUAGGUCACGUGGGGUCAUGUUCGCCAAAGAGGUCACUGACCUCAAUUCAAAUAGCAGACGCGCGGCUAAAGCAGCUCAGGCCCGAACGGAGGCUGCAGACAACUCAGACGAGUCUGGAGCGGGGUUGCGUAGACAUGGGACCCCGCACCCACGUGACCUGAAAUUGAGACAUCAGGAGUUCUUGCAGAGAAAUUCCAUGCUGGCGGACGAGAUAGAACAAGAAGACGAAGAAGAUGACAUGUUCGUCUCACAUAAAAAUAACCCAUCUAUACCAACACCACAAAGAAGCAAAAUUUUUGAUGCCAAAAUAGUACCUCCGACAUUUGCACCUUUCAACGUUCAUCACAGUAAAACAAACUCUCUUGGACAGCUCAAAAGCAAUAGUACUGUCCCGCCCAAUCUACCUGGGCUGAAAUCAAGUGUCGCGACUAACCCACUAACAAACCCAGUUUCACUUGACAGUGAGGUAUCAUCUCGCUACAAUAGCAACAGCAGUAGAUUUUUUACUAAUAAUUCACCUAGCGGCCUCGCCAAUUCAUCGCGCAGUGGAUCUAGCAGUGAGUUUGCAGCUAUGAAUAACCCACGACCUCUGCAGGGACACAAUAAGCAGUAUAGUGAUUUGACAACUAAUGCAUCAAUGGGUCCAUGGACGGAAAUUUCAAGCGGCGCUUGUGGGGUAGGGGCUGGGGUUAGUAAGAUCAAAGAUGCAGUUCCAUUAGCACUGAAAGAUGACGUAGACUUGAUAAUGACUGAAGAGGAUAUUACAUGUGAAGAUAGAGGCAACAGACUCUAUCAUGGUGGUGGGGGUGAUGAUGAAGAUGAAGAUGACGGAGGUUACAGUGAGUGUGGGGAAGGUAAUGGCAAUGACGUCAUCACAUCAUAUUCCACCGAGGACUCAAUGGGGCUAAAUGAGGGGUCAUUGUUGGGUUAUCAAGUGUCAAUGGGCGAUAAGUGGGAUUGUGGGGGGCACUAUGAGUGCAUUAGGGACCCCAGUAGUAGUCUCAGUUUAUUAUCUCACCCUAAAUCUCUGCCUCAGUCGCAGUCAGUGGCGUCGAUGGGAUUGGGAUAUGAACAGCAGGCGGCUCCUGUCCAUCAGACCCAAGGAAUAAUGGAUGUUGUUAAUGACGUCUCUGAAAGUUUGGCGCCUGGUGUCAGCCAGUUUGGUUCUAACCCAGGUAGACGUCGCUCUUCUCUCACGUCGCAGAACAAUUCAGACAAGGAUCUGAAAUUCACCUCAUCCACAAUGAACAAAGCCUCUUCGCCAUUAUCAGUAUCAACUCAUACAAAGCCAGCCAGGUCAGGGGUUAGCUUUGCGGCAGAUCUCCCCGAAGUCCAAGUUGCAGUUGAAACAUGUCAAGUGUCUUUACAUCGUCUUCACCCCAGCGAGAGUUUUGGGUUCUCACUAGCACCUUUGGACCCCCCGGGUGGAAUAUUUGUGACGAAAAUAGCCCAGGACAACCCUGAAGCACCAGCAUUAAGUCUUCUGUCAAAAAAUGACAGGAUUCUGAAGGUCAACGACCUGGUUAUAUCAGACGGUGUCCUGCAGCACCAACAAGUUGUAGACAUACUCAAGGCUUCGAUGGAUGUGACCCUGACGAUUGAAAGACAUGUUACGACAGUUACAAACCAACCCGAGUCGCCUCCAAUCUUGACAAAUUUGACAAACACAUCGCUUAACUCUUUUGCAACCGACAUCAAACCAAUUCCUGUGCUUAAAAAGACAAAUCCCGUUUCCAGUAAUCCAACUAAAGGCGAUAAAGUUCGUAAAGCGGAAAAGAUAUCGGCAUUCGGUGAUGUUCAGAAUCUUGACAUCCACGACGACGAUGAAGAUGAAUAUGAGGAUUCGACGAGUCAUUACGAAUCAGUCAAUCCAGUUCCGUUUCCACAGAUUCCAGAGUUUGAAGAAAUUUCAGUCUCUAGGAAUGUAACUGGAGGCAACUGGCCUUUCACCCUGGCAGCCGGGAUUCCUUUCUGGGCUGCGUGGGAACUAACUUCAUCAAUCGAUAAUUUCCCAGCUGUCUAUAUAUCAUCAGUGCCCAAAAAUUCCUUCGCAGAUAGUAAGAAUAGAAACACGGGAUUGAUUGUGGGCGAUCAGGUGUUAGCAAUCGAAGGUCAUGACCUGUCGCGACCCGGAGUGACCCUACAGGAUGGCUUAGACGUUUUAGUGGCACACGCGACUGUAAACUCAAUAAAACUACUGGUCAAACAUCCUCCGCCACCGCCUACUGGCUUGAUGGAGGUUGUGUUGGAGCCAGGUAAUGAGAAGAUAGGAAUCAACAUCCGUGGCGGUAAACCAGAUCCCAGGACCAGCAAUGGAGGCGGCGGUUCUUGGAACUCAAUUGCAGUGGACACAGCAGUGUACAUAUCGGGGGUUUUGCCAAUGCAAAUCGCAGCCUUGGACGGAAGACUUAGGGCGGGACAGAGAAUCUUGUCAGUCAAUGGAGUUCACAUGAUCAACAAAACCCACGAAGAAGCAGUGCAGACGCUUAGAUCCAGAGACCAGUACGGAUAUCUUAGAAUCACAGUCUGUGAAGGCUUCAGUAAAGGUCACGGAUCUGAAAUUAGCUCAGGAGCAAUGCAGUCACUUGGUUUCGUGAAGACACAGCCAGACACUGGCGAAGACAGUAAUGCAAGCAGUAGUUGCUCAGAAGAUGAGAACCAGAGAGACAACGAGUCCUUAGAUUCAGAAGAUGACGUCAUUCAGCAGGGAGACCAGAGGCAUGGAUUCCCAGGCAAGAAUCAAAGGCACACGAAGAGCAGUAGCUCGGAUAACAGUAGAAUAGGCCGGCACACGAAUCUUUUCAACUUGUCAUGACAAAAAAACGUGAACUGAUUUCAAAUAUUUGAGUUUUAGAUCCUUAAUUCAGAAAAUUGAUCUUUUGAAGUUGCAUUGAAGCUCAACAUACCAUCUUCACGGCAUUGAAGUGUAAAAUUGCGUGGAAGUUUGAAAAAAUGUUACUUCUGAAGUUCGAUGUCUUCUGAAAUUUGUUUCAUUGGUCUUUGUCUGGUUUUUAUUCAAUGGUGCUAAAUAGGACUUAGCUUUGCCUGCUUCACCAAUUGUAUCCCAAAAGUGGACUAAUAGUUGAAUUUGGCCAAUAGUUAUCGUGAAGACUCCCCGAUAUUUUAAAACCUUCCUUGUGAAACCUCCCCUUUAUUUCCAAUGAAUCACCAAAUUUAGAUUUAAAAUAUUAUAUUUAUCAGCUGAUGUCUUGAAGCUUACCUUUUAUUCACUUAUUUUUUUCUUCAAAUUUAAAAUGUUGGUGAAUAUUUUUGUAAUGAACUGAACGGAAUGUUUCAAAAUCAUUCACUAAAGUUGUGUUAAAGAUGGCUCUGCUAAUUGGGGGAUUAAAUCAUCUUGAUUAUCAUUCUGUUCAGUUUUACAAACGUGCGGCAAUUUUUGUAUACCAGCGAUCGAAUAUGAGUAUCGUUCACUUGUCUUCAUAAAAAUCAACUUGUCAACAUUGUUUUUGACAUAAUUAACGACAAAUUUUAAUGUUAAUAUGAUCUCGAGGCAGUGAACGAAGUCUUGCUCUUCGGUUUUGUAGUCUAAAUCCUUAUUUGUUUGUAGUAUCAGAAUAAAUU